AGCGCUGAUCCCGUCACGGCCAUCCUUUCUCCGUUCACCCCUUCAAACAAUGUUAUCUAUAUUCUGCGCGGCUCUAAAUCACUCAUCUACCGCUAAACGUAAGGCUUUGGAUUGAUUCUACCAUCUACAGUUUGCCAUGGCGACGGUGGUGAUGGAGCAGAUCGGUCGCCUGUUCAUCAACGCGCAGCAGCUGCGUCAGAUCCCUCAGCUCCUGGAGUCGGCCUUCCCCACGCUGCCUUGCACCGUGAAGGUGUCUGAUGUUCCCUGGGUGUUCCGCGAGCGCCACAUCCUCACCGGCUACAGACAGCCGGACCAAAGCUGGCGCUACUACUUCCUCACCCUCUUCCAAAGGCACAAUGAGACCCUCAAUGUGUGGACUCAUCUGCUGGCUGCCUUCAUCAUCUUGGUGAAGUGGCAGGAGAUCUCAGAGACGGUGGAUUUUUUGCGAGACCCUCAUGCCCAGCCCCUCUUCAUCGUCCUCCUGGCAGCCUUCACCUACCUCUCCUUCAGCGCUCUCGCUCACCUCCUCUCUGCCAAGUCCGAGCUCUCCUACUACACCUUCUACUUCCUCGACUACGUGGGGGUCGCCGUCUACCAGUAUGGCAGCGCCCUGGCCCACUACUACUACGCCAUAGAGAAAGAGUGGCACACGAAAGUGCAAGGGCUCUUCCUCCCCGCUGCAGCAUUCUUGGCCUGGCUUACUUGCUUCGGCUGCUGCUAUGGCAAAUAUGCGAGUCCCGAGCUGCCCAAGUUAGCCCACAAGCUCUUCCAAGUGGUGCCCUCAGCCUUGGCUUACUGUUUAGACAUAAGCCCCGUGGUUCACCGCAUCUACAGCUGCUACCAGGAAGGCUGCUCCGACCCUGUUGUGGCGUACCACUUCUACCACGUGCUCUUUUUCUUAAUCGGCGCCUAUUUCUUCUGCUGCCCUCACCCAGAGAGUUUGUUCCCUGGGAAGUGUGACUUCAUCGGGCAGGGCCACCAGCUCUUUCACGUGUUCGUGGUGGUGUGCACCCUGACGCAGGUGGAAGCGCUGCGAACAGACUUCACGGAGCGCCGGCCCUUCUACGAGCGUCUCCACGGCGACCUUGCACACGACGCCGUUGCACUCUUCAUCUUCACUGCCUGCUGCAGCGCCCUCACCGCUUUUUAUGUGCGCCAGCGUGUACGUGCCUCUCUACACGAGAAGGAGGAGUAAGAUUUGAAACGAGUAAAAAAAAAAAGAAAAAGAGACGAGUGUAAUUUAUUUUCCACUGUAGUGACCAUUAAUUAUAUUAAAGUCAUUGUUUUUUCUCAUUGAACAUUAUUCGUUUGUGACGGUGACUUAUGGUUAUUUCUUCUAUAUGUGAUCUGCCAAACUACAGUGGGCAAAAAAAAAGAAAAAGCGAUGAAGGGUUUUUAUGACUUACAAUGAGGAAGGGGAAUUUUAUGACUGAUCUGUAGCAGUACAGGUAGUAUUUAAACACUGAAACAAGUCCUUGCAUCUUUGUUCCGCUCUUUUAUUUGUCUGCAAGGUUGUUUUUAGUCAUAGUUUGAAGAAAUGUGGUUUUACUUUCACCGUGCAAAAAUAUACUGUCUGUCAAGGUGUGCAGAAGAGUUACGAGACAAGUUUCUUAAGAUGCCUUUUAGUCAAUUGUGUUUAGAAUAAUCUGACUGUAUAAUCAAAUUGUAGCAUUUCAAAUCAAGCAAGCAUUUAUUUUUACAAUUUAUGCUCCCAUAACACUUUGUGCAUCGCAGUCAGAUACCAAUUCCAGCCCAAUUGGAUUUGGAUUGGCUUUCCGACACUUCAUGUUUUUUUCCUUUGGAUUCUGCCCCUCUCGUCAGGGAUCAAAGCAGAGACUUAUUUCUCAAUUUAUCAAAGCGCUGACACUGUGCCACACAAAUGUUUGAGCAUAUUCUGCGAAAGUUGGGAACCCAAUUUAAAAACCAAAUAUUGUGCCUCCUUUUCUUUUUACAAAAAAGGAGAUUUUUUUCUUUGGGUGAUGCCAUUCUGUCGGAUUAUGUUAAAAAUGAGGCUGGCACUCAGUAUUGGUUAAAGGAUAGAUGGAAGAUUACUGAUGUCUCUUUGUUGUCGUGACAAUGUUAGCUGUUUUUUAUUCAAAGGGCUGGAACUUCAGCUUUGCCUUCUCACAUCCCAUGAUGUCAGUGCUUUUGCGCGCAUUGUUUUCAUUGUCGACUGAUCAGACUGGAAUCACAAAAGCCGUGUCAGACUGGUGUUCUGCUUUUGGUAUGUUUCUGUUUUUGUAUGAUGAAUAUGUAUGUGCCUCUACGCAUGUCUUUUGGUAUAUACUGUGGAUAUUAAGUGUGUGAAUGUCUAUGAAAGCUUAGCCUUGCACUCCUUUCUUACCCUGUAAAUAAGCCGUAUUUCUCUAGAGAGUCAUUUGCAUCCCAUUUUCUCUCCCCCCAGUAGUGCUCAGAACUGAAUGCAUCUUUUUUUCUGGUGGAAUACAGCUCGUUCCUAUUUUGCUGCAUCCUUUCCGAUUGCGUAUUGCGUUCAGUGUCCUCCUGCCUAUCAGACUUUAAUGGCCAUGAAUACAUCAUUUCACACUGCUGCACUCUUACACUGAAGAGUCCCUUUGUUUCGUUUUUUCUCUUUUGUCUGAUGACUUUUGUUAUAAAAAAUAUCUCACAGAUAUGGCUCACUGAUAAUGUUGCUUAGAUUUUUAUCUCACGAAAUCUUAAAUGUCAGAAAUGAUAUUCAUUAGAGCACUCUCUGUUCAUGAUGGUGUUUAAUGUGCCAAUGAAUCUGUUAUUGCUUCAGCGAUGGUACUAAUGAAAGAUGAGUUCAGAGACCGAGUGUCAGAACUGACAAGUUGAUUUUAAAUGUCUUGACCUGACUGCAAACAUGUGACUGGUGAGAUUUUAUCCCCUAAAUAUGAACCUUCUGACUGUUGACUUUGGCAUUACUGACCUGGUCUCAUCGUGCACUGCCUGAAUCAACACUGUAUAUACUGUAGCUGACAACACUGGCUAUGUUUACAUGCAUGGAGAUAUCUGCUGUUAAUGUGGUUAUUCUGGUUUUGUGUUGACUCUUGGAAAUGUCAUAAUUCUGAAAAACAUGGGGGAAACCUGUACUCUGUCUCGGAGAAACCUGUGCAAGACACCUCCCGUGCUGUGUACGAUUAUACACCAAUCAGCCGCAACAUUAAACCCGCCUGCCUAAUGUUGUGUGGCUCUCCCUCGAGCCGCCAAGGCAGCUCUGACCCAUCGAGGCAUGGACACUGGGUCUCUGGGGGUGUCCUGUGGUGUGUGUGAUGCCAGGACGUUGGCGGUGGGUUCUUUGGGUCCUCUGCAUAGUGGGUUGGGGCCUCCGUUGGACGUGUUCUGGCUCAUCCCAACAGAUCAGAUCAAGAUCUGGUGAUGCAAUCGGGGAAGGCUGUUGACAUGAGAGGGUGUAAUCAGGCAGCGUUUUGGUGGGUUAUGGGUGUCAAAGUAACAUCCACGUGAAUGCCAGACAUUGUAAUGAGAUGAUCAAUGUUAUUCCCUUCCCCUGUCAGUGGUUUUUAUGUUGUGGCUGAUUAGUGUAAAUUGGUUGGCAACAAGGUUGAGGCUCUCAUGCCCAAGACUAGUUUUGUACAUGUAGUGUAACAAAAAGGCUUCACUCUAGGCUAAUGAUAUCCAUUUGGCAAGUGAAGCCUACAGUGUAAGCCUCUCACCAGCCCUGCCUGUGACAUGAGUUUAUUGUCCUGACCAUCAAAAAGGACCCAAACUGUUCCUACUGGGAUUAUAAUUUCUUCCCCAUGUGAUAGAGGUAGCCCAGCUCUUAGUUCAAACAGGGAGGGAGCAGCUGGAAAGUGACCACAAAUGAAGAUGUUGCAACAUCGACACUAAAGACAUGCAACCUGAAUAAGAUCUUUACUGGAAUAUAGCCAGCACUCUUUACUGCAUAGGUGAAUCUGUGUGUAAACGUAGCCUCUGAUGCCACCCAAGGUUUCCCUUUAUCCCUUUAUGAAGCAGGGUGAGAGGGACCAGAAUGUCUCCUGCCUCUGAAAAAAUAUGUGUGACUGACUGUACUAAUAUUCUGUGGUAUUUAAGAAAAUAAAGU